AUGGGACCAACAGAGCAGGUUCUAAGCUCCACUGGAGACGAAAUCCCCUCGCCGCGGCGCGUAUCCCUUCUCCGACACUUUUCCAGGCGAUCAGGCGAAAAAGGCGUUGCCAUCGCAGGUUCGUUCGAACUUCAGGUCGCCUCCACACACGACGAACUAAUCGAUCUCGACUGGCAUCCUACUUGGCUCGCGAGCCAGCGCUCGAACCUGCCCCCGAGCGUCACGAGCCUCUGUCUCCAUGGCAAGCCCAUUUCAGAGGACCAGAUUUUCGAUCUCGUGUUUCGCCAGGUCGCGACAUAUUCCUGCGACAACCGUGGCUUCAGCGUUGAUGAUGUGAUCGACCAUCUGCACGCAACGGUCGGGCUGGAAGACACUGAUGGCGGCCACAAGCUUGACGCAAAGCGGCUCCUUGUCUUUGCGGUUCUGGGAUGGCAGACCAUGGUGUAUCAGCCUGGCCUGGGCGUGUGUCCUCUCGACGAGCUAGCCAUCCACCAUGAUACCGGCGCUCCAGAUUCACGCCUCAUAUUCAACUCGUACAAAACACAAACCGAUCUCUGCGAUCGUCCUCUUUUUGUCCUCCUCAAAGACUUCGGCAAUCUCCUCCCGGCUCGGUCGCGCAGCAGCACCACAGAGGCAGCGGUGGAAAACAGCAAGGUUGCAGCGUCGUGGGAGGCUCUAUACCCAGAUGAACUGAACGCCUAUCAUUUGCGCACUUUGCUGGGCGUGCGGUUUCGAUGGGUCGACAUACUGGCCCUGCACCUGGACUAUGACAACUCAACCAAAACCCUGUCCCUCUUCGGCUUCCCGUCCGUCUGCGCCUCCCAACUGAGCAACGGACGUCACGGACCAAACGAGAGCGCCAUCUUUGCCUUUGCCAGCACCGAGACGAGAAUGGAUGCCCCAGAUCCUCGCGCCAAUGAAGCUGACAUCCGUCAACUCCUCCGCGAAGUCCUGCUCUCGUUUCGGUUGCUGUUCGGCCAGUCUGCCAAGUCGCGCAAGCUCUUCCGCCAAGUUUACUCCCCAGCCGUGGCCCCGUUUCCGCAGCCAGACACACUGCUCGCAUAUCUUUGUUCUGAGCGGCAGCUGCCAUCGGCGACGCGAAAUAACACCUCCCCAGACGACGACAAUAACGAUGACGGUGAUGAGGCGAAGGGGCGGUGGAUGCCGAGGGACAGAAGUGCGUACUACGCAGCACGCCACUUCCCCGUGCUGUACGAGCGGGUCGAGCUGAUCGCUCAGGAGCUCAAUCGCUCCCGCCCAAAGUCAAUGGGUGGCCUCAUACGCGACCGGAGAGACACACUCCAGUUCUGGACGUUUUGGCUUGUCACGACCGUCGGCGGCGUGAGCAUCUUUCUAAGCACUAUCCAGAUCAUUUUACAAGGCGUACAAAUUGCGCAGGCUGCUGGUAAGAUAUAG